AUGCUUUCACGUCCUGUAACUCGUUUAUUAAUCGGUAACAUCGCUCGUCGAUCAUUUACAAGUCAAGCACGUAAUAAUAGUCGACAACAAUAUCAAUGGUCACGAUCAAGAUGGAAUUUUGGAAGUGCGACAACAAAUCGAGUAGUUGCUGCUGCUGCUUUAUCAGGUGGUAUUGCAUUUGUAUUACAUGCAUCAACAACACCAUCUGAUAAUAAAUUAGCAACACCAUCGAAAGUUGAUUAUAAUGAAGUACGAAAAUCGAUUGCUGCUUUACUUGAUGAUAAUAAUUAUGAUGAUGGAAGUUAUGGACCUUUGUUUGUACGAUUAGGAUGGCAUGCUAGUGGAACUUAUUCACAUAUUGAUUCAUCUGGAGGAUCUAAUGGAGGAUGUAUGCGUUUUCAACCUGAAAGUGAAUGGGGAGCUAAUAAAGGAUUACAUUUGGCUCGAGAACGUUUGGAAAGUGUUUAUCGGGCACAUCCAGGUUUGACAUAUGCUGAUUUAUAUACAUUAGCUGCUGUUGUAGCUAUUGAAGAAAUGGGUGGUCCAAAAAUAAAAUGGCGUCCAGGUCGAAAUGAUCAUAAAGAUGGUAAAAAAUCUCCAGCUGAUGGUCGAUUACCAGAUGCAGCUCAAGGUGCUCAACAUAUUCGAGAUAUAUUUUAUCGAAUGGGUUUCAAUGAUCAAGAAACGGUUGCAUUAAUUGGUGCUCAUUCAAUGGGAAGAUGUCAUACAGAUCGUAGUGGUUAUGAUGGUCCAUGGACAUUCGCACCAACAACAUUUUCAAAUGAAUUUUUUCGUCUUUUAUUAGAAGAAAAAUGGCAAGUACGCCGUUGGAAAGGACCAAAACAAUAUGAAGAUGUUAAAACAAAAACAUUAAUGAUGUUACCAGCUGAUAUGGCUUUAGUUGAAGAUCCAGAAUUUCGAAAAUAUGUUGUACAAUAUGCUAAAGAUGGAGAUAAAUUUUCGAAAGAUUUUGCAGCUGCUUUUGAAAAAUUAUUAGAAUUAGGUGUAGAUUUUAAAACUACUGACGGAAGUCGACAGGGAAAAAAUGUAUCUUUAUGGUCAAGAAUUUUUGGUUGA